AUGGUGCACCUGCAGCCGGAGCCCGUGGAUUCCACGGCUGGCCAUUACCUGGAUCUCCCCGUCGGAGUUUCCACCGGCGUCAUAUUUGGAGGAGCACCGGCGACGAGCCGGGGCGCUGCUGGUCACGCCGCCCUCGUCAGGGGCCCAGACGCUGCGGCUGCCGGGCUUCCCCGUGACCAGCUGCGCGCUGGCCCCAGCCCAGCCAUUCGAGGAGUUCUGCUUCGGCCAGGCAGCCACUGGGCCAACGUGUUCUUGGCGUGCGCGUCGCCCCGGCCGGUGGAGGUAGGCGACAGCGUCGAAGUCUCCACGGACAUCGACUUGGUUCCAGAGGUGCCGGUCUACAGAGUGAGCGCUACCUUAUGCAGUACCAGAUCAAGCCAGGAGGUUGUUGAACUCGUAUCUGAUGCGGUGUUCUGA